AUGAUUACUGAUAAUAUUAAAGUUUUGUUGUUAGAUAAUGUAAACCAAGCUGCAAUUAAUAUUUUAACUUUAGAAGGAUAUCAAGUUGAAGCAUAUUCAGAAACUCUUUCAGAAGAUGUUCUUAUAGCAAAAAUCCAUGAUAUACAUUGUGUUGGGAUUCAAUCUAAAACUAAACUUACCAAAAAUAUUCUCUUAAAAGUGAAAAAACUCCUUGUGAUUAGUUGUUUUUGCACUAAUACUAGUCAAAUUGAUUUAAAAACUGCUACUAGCCAGAAAAUUACUGUAUUCAAUUCUUCCUUUGGCUAUAGUAGAAGUGUAGCUGAGCUAGUAAUUGCUGAAAUAAUUAUGCUAUCUAGAUAUAUAGAUAAUUAUAAUAUCAAGAUACACUAA